UGACUGGUGAAAGCAUAUCACUAUGCAUCUUCGAGAUUCUAGACUCAACUGAUAACCGAUCAGCCCAUGAGUCGUAAUCAAGCUUCACGCUAUAUACAUGCAUCAAAAUAUCAUUUUUCCUUUUCAGAAAUAAUUAGAAUCCCAAUUUCCAUUUUUCUUACAUAUAAAAAAUAAAAAACCGCCAAAGAAGAGAGAGAGAAUGGAAACGGCUGGAUUUGUGAGACGACGACGGCAGGGUGUCUUGAUUUCUUGCCUCAAAAUUUCAUAACCACCCCCACCUCUCUGCUCUCCACACCCAAAAAUCCAAUUUUGAUUUUUUUUUUCUGAAGCGGAGGAAAAUGGAAACGACGGCGGUUGAAUCAGUGGACCAAGUGGUGCAAGAGAUCAUGAGAAUUCACAGAUCUUUGCCGCCGAGGCCGGCUGUCGACGAGGUGGAAGCGGCGGUGGCGCUGGUUCGGAAUGUGGAAAUGGCGGAACAGGCCAGGCUCGACGCCAUUGCCAGGCAGACCAAGAGCUUGCAAGUUCCGGAAGAGCUGUUCAUGGUGCUGCAGGAGAUGCAGAGGAACUUGGUCUACUUCAACAGCAAGGAGGAGAUGCGGGAGGCCCGUAAGUUGCUCGAUCUCGAGAACGUCCAUAAUCUGUUCGAUGAUUUGAUUCAGAGAGCUUCCACUUGCGUCUCCUCUCCCGAUUCCACUUCUUCCUCUUCUGCGGCGGCGAAUUUGAGUUCGAGUUCGAAUUCCGUUUCUGGGGUCCUUCCUCACCGGCCCUCUCCUUCUUCUUCUUCUGGUUCUGCUGCUGCUGCGGCGUAUGUGUUCAACACUGACAGAGAAGGUGUUGCUAAAAGUUCUUCAGCCAGAGUCAGCAGAGACGACAAUUUCGUGGUCAGCAAGGCCAAGAAAGCUUUCUACUUGGAUGGAAUUGGGGCUGGACCUGCUGUUUCUCCAACUCCCCGGAUAGUGGAUUCGUCUCUCAGGCCGGUUUCCGCUCUCAAUUCAACAGGAGGAGGAGGAGGUGGAGUUGGAGGUCAAGAGGGUGAGAAAUUGAGUCUGAUAAAGUUAGCGAGCUUAAUUGAAGUGUUUGCAAAGAAAGGCACCGAUGAUGUUAAUCUUCGAAACAAGUUGAUGGACCAAAUUGAAUGGCUGCCUGACUCGAUAGGAAAGCUUUCGAGAUUGGUCUCCCUUGAUUUGUCUGAAAACCGGAUUCUGGUCCUCCCAACCACCAUUGGAGGUCUUUCCUCCUUGACCAAAUUGGAUUUGCACUCAAACAGGAUUGCUCAGCUGCCCGACACUAUUGGAGAUCUUCUUAGCCUUGUCUCUCUAGACCUUAGAGCAAACAACUUGACUACUCUGCCGGCUACCUUUGGCCGAUUGGUCCAUCUUGAAGAGCUCGAUUUGAGCUCAAACAGGCUCACUGUGCUUCCUGACACAAUUGGGUCCCUUGCUAGCCUCAAGACAUUGAAUGUUGAGACCAAUGAUAUUGAAGAAAUUCCUCAUACUAUUGGUCAUUGUACCUCGCUCAAAGGGCUGCGUGCAGAUUAUAACCGUCUUAAAGCACUUCCUGAAGCUGUAGGAAAGAUUGAGAGCCUGGAGGUUUUGUCUGUGCGUUACAAUAACAUCAAACAGUUGCCCACAACCGUGUCGUCUCUGUUGAGCCUGAGGGAGCUGGAUGUGAGUUUCAAUGAGCUUGAGUCAGUGCCUGAGAACUUGUGCUUUGCCACCUCACUUGUCAAGAUGAACAUUGGGAACAAUUUCGCUGAUCUGCGAUCCCUGCCAAGGUCUAUUGGGAACCUCGAGAUGCUUGAAGAGUUGGAUAUCAGCAACAACCAGAUACGAGUUCUCCCAGACUCCUUCAGGAUGCUCACUCGACUACGUGUUCUGCGUGUUGAAGAAAACCCUCUUGAAGUCCCACCAAGACACAUAGCCGAAAAGGGUGCACAAGCUGUUGUUCAAUACAUGGCUGAGCUUGUCGCGAAAAGAGAUGUUAAAGCACAACCUGUUAAGCAGAAAAAGACUUGGGCUCAAAUCUGCUGCUUCUCAAGGUCAAACAAAAGGAAGCGCAAUGGUGAAGAUUAUGUAAAAGCCUGAUUAAUCACUGAAUCCCUGCAAGAGAUGUGAUAAUUUCUAUCGAGAAUACCAUCUGUUAGCAUGCUAGAUGAGGGAAGAGACUACGAAUCAACGUCAACUAAUAUGGUGGGUUUCUAAAUUGUUCCAUUGACUAUCCCAUACCAAAUUGUAUAUCUGCUUUUUAUUUGUUAUUGUUACAAUUUUUUCUUUUCAUCCAUCUGUAUUUCUGUUAUCUUUGAGUCAAAAUGAGGUGUACAAUUCAGCCGGCAUAUAGGAGAAACGAAAAACUUGUACUGUGUAUAUCACCUCCAAUCCAUUGUUCAUGAUAUCUCUGUACGUGUAUCCUUUCUACCACUUGUAAUAGAUUUUGUUUCCAUUCAAAGGGAAUCUAGAAUCAUAUGCUCA